AUGCAUGAAAUCAACGGCUCAAGGGUUGGCCCCCCAACCUUUAAAGAACACGAGGCUGAAGCAGAUGAUCUUCAGGUCGCCAUUGCCGACUACAUCAAGCUUGCAGGAACAGCAAGGGGCCCUCAAGAUGUCACCUUCACAAGUCAGCCUGCAACAAAACAAUGGCAGCAGAAGAUGAAGUCGCUCUGUAUCAGCAAGAGGUCAAGCUUUUCAUGCCGUGGUGUGAUCACGGGUGACCCAUACAUUCCCAUGAAUGUGGUAGGAGUGCCUGACGAAGUAGCAAGACGGAUGUCGGUACAAGUGCGCGUGACAGAGUACAACAUUGCUCAGCUGCAAGGCAUGAUGGAUAGAGGUCUUUGUCUGACACAUGAAGAUGCUAAUUCCGUCACGCACUCCUUGGAUGUGGGGAAAGCAAAGAAGAAACGCAUCAUGCUGAAGGUUGGUGAAACGGUCAACCGCAGAAUUCUAGACGGAGAUACUGUAUUUAUCAACAGGCCACCAAGCACAGACAAGCACUCAGUCCAAGGAAUGUCAGUGUCAGCAAGGGCUGAAGCUACAGAGCUCUUCACGGUGGAGAAGCAGCUGGUGAGCUCUCACAGUGCUAAACUGAAUUUUCAACUCAAGAAUGAUUGCUCACUAGCUUUAAAGAGAAUGUCUGGUAGAGAGUAUUCUAGAAGGGAGGCCUACCAACUUAUAAAUGCAAUGUUCACGGGAGGGUUGAUUCCCAAGAAGCAACUAUCAGGUGGACCAAAGUGGUCUUUUGCUCAGAUUCUAGAAACAUUACUGCCAGAGGAGAACGGAAUGUUAGUCAGAGACUUGGUUACUGGCACAGUCACCAUCUCAUCAGUUUUGUCAACGAUGAGUCCAAAGGAGGCCGUAGAAUUUCUGAAUCUUCUGCAGCCCCUGCUGAUGGAAUCAUUAUCUACUGAUGGCUUCAGUAUAAAUCUGAGAGACUUCACUGUCGAAAAUUCAAUACCAGAGAUGAUUCAGCAUAAGGCACUUAAUCUUGACAAGUUACGGAAACCAGUUGUGGACUUCAUCACUUCUUCUUCUGAUACUCGUUUGUUGGUUGAUCAAAAGAGUGAUUCUGCCAUGAACAAAGUAGUGGAGCAGAUUGGUUUCUUGGGAACUCAGCUAGCUCUCGAAAUGAAAAUUGUGGACUCCAUCUAA